AGAGAGAGCACUAGAAGAGGGGAAGGAGAAGGACGAGGAGGAGGAGGAGUAGGAGGAGGAGGAAGGGGUCUCCCUGAGAAAGGCUCUAAGCAGACCUGGCCUGAGCAGAACGGUCUCUCCCUACUACAGCCUGGGGAAGAGGCUGCUGUCCCCCUGGCUGGUCCCCCUGGCUGGCUGGUCCCCUGGCUGGUCGGCUCAGAGGCCCAGGCAAACAGAGCUCCAUGGCCAUCUACAAAGACAGAUCUGAUGUCCAUGCCCCCUGGGACCCCUCCGAUCCUGGGAGGGCCAUGGUCAGAGGCAGCCUACCCCUGGAGCUCAGAGAGUGGCAGCAGCAGACAGGCAGAUCCCAGGGCACCUUGAUCUUGGGUCCUGAUGGUGAGGUCAUACAGAUGUCCCCGUGGGACCCUAAUAAUAUGUCUGCCACUGAGGACCAGCCCGCCCUUACCUCUGCUCUGGACCAGGUCACACGAGACCAUGCUCUUCAGGUCCUAACCUCAGAGGGGGAGCUACCCUGGGUCCUACUGAUGCAAACACAGUCUAUAGCCACAGGGGAAGCCAGUAAUCCCGAAGGACCCCCAACCAACAUGGAACAAUGUGAAUUAGUCCAAACGGUAGGAUCUGAUGGACAAACUGUCCUGUCUGGUGGCCAGAGACACAGACAGGGACCUGAACCUUCCAGGAACAGAACUACAGGGAAACAGCUGCACCCAGACACUCAGAGACCUGGAGGAAGCGAUAAACACAUGGCUGCUGUCAGCUACAACAGCAGGACAGUGGAGAUACCAAGACAGGAGGAAGGGAAGGAGGUGAGGAGGGAGGAAGCUGAGGAGAAGUCUACAACAAGGAAGAGGAGCCAGGAUCGGGAAAAGCCAGGUCCACAGAGGAGUGGGGUAUCCUCCUUACCUACCACAGAAGAAGAAGAGACCCAAAACAUCAACCCCCACAAACCUUCACAGCCCAUCCCCACAGGCCACUCUACAGAAUGGGCCUUCUCUCAGAACAGAAGUCCCAAACACUCAGAGGGACCCCUUACACCCAGUGGCAGGAAAAGAGGCCAUUCUAAGAAAACAAACGUGACAGUAGAUGAGCAGAAUCCACAGCAGGCAGAGGGACAGACACAGGAAACAGGGGAACAAGCCAGCAGAGAGAAGGACACAUUGAAUAAAGAGGUGGGAUCCCAGGACUCUCCUACUGUACAGAAAAUGAAAAAGAGAAAAGUGAAUGAAGGGCAGGAGCAGGAAGUCCUCUCCAAGGAGGCGGGGAAGGUCUUGAGGAAGAAGAAAAAGGACCGGGUCAAAGAUCAAGCUGAGUUUGUUGUCGGAAAACCUAAAGGCCACGUGGACGUGGAGAGGACGAAGAAGACCAAAGAGACUAAAGGCCACAUGGACGUGGAGAGGACGAAGAAGACCAAAGAGACUAAAGGCUUAUCUGAGACGUCUACAUCUGCUCUGAGUCCUGAUGGAGAUGUGAAGGACACCGAAGACGAUAGUGCUGCACUAAACACACAUGAAGAGGAACAUAGUGACCUCGUCCAAUCCCCGAGAUCCCAUCACAGCUCUAUAAACAGGAGCUCCUCAUCCAAUGGGCAGUCAGGUCAGAGUUCACACAGAUCUAACUCCUGUGCGGACGAGGUUUUACCGUGCGGACAACGACGGUCCUCUCAUGACCAACUGUCAUCCUGCUCGGUUGUCAUGACAGCAGAAACACAACCUUUAAAUCUGGUCAUAUCUGACGCCAGCAUCAGUACUGACAAGAACAGAGGAGAGGCAGCAGCCCAUAUGGAGCAACAGAAGAAUGUGUUGGCUGAGAAGGCAGAGCGUCGCCGACUAGAGGUGGAGAGGAAGAGGAAGGAGAGAGAGGAGGAGAGGAGAAGGCUGCAGGAGCGGGAGGAAAGAGAGGAGUGCAUGAGGCUGGAGCUGGAAGAGGAGCAGAAUCAGAGAGCCGAGGAACUCAGGCUGAGGAGACUGGCUGAGGAGGAAGAGAGACAAAGGUUAGAGGAGAAGGAGACUGAGAGGAGAAGAAGGGAGCAGGCGGAGAAAGAGAGGGAGUGGAGGAAGAAGGAGCAGAAGAGACGACAGUUGGAGAUGAUUCAGAAGAUCAGACAGGAGGAGGAGGAACGCAGGGCAGCUGAGUUGGAGCUGCAGCGACUAGAGGAGGCUAUGAGUAAGGAAGAGGAGAGGAGGAGGCUGGCAGCGAUGGAGGACCAUGAGAAGAGGGAGUACCUGCAGAAACAGAAGGAGGAGGAAGAGGAGAGGAGGAAGGCAGUGGAGGAGAGAAAAAGCAGAGAGGAGGAGGCAGCGCAGUGGGCAAAAGAAGAGGCACGACUACAAGCUGAACUGUUUGCCAGGCAGAGGGCUUUACUCGAGCAGCAGCUGCAGUUCAGGCGAGGCCUGCUGACGGAGGCCGGGGCUUUGGGACAGACUCAGGACAUCUCUCGAGCUUGGGUCUACUCUUACUUUCAGCUCAUACAACUACUGGGGCUGGCUGAGGUCCCCACAGCACAGGAAGACUCACCCAAAGACAUGUCCGAGAAUGUAAGGGGAAAACGAGGGGAUGUGGCUGACCAGCAAACCAGUGUUGAAUUUCCAAAUGGGUUAAAAUGAGGUUAUGUUUAAGGAAAGGGUACGUUUAGGUCGGGCUGUCAAUGGGAUGCUAGUCAGUCACGUCGCUUCAGUCACGUCCUUCAGUCCCUUUAGUCACUUCCAUUCAGUCACUUCCCUUCAGUCCCUUCAGUCACUGUCUAUUAUCUAUCCUUUACCCCUACCUACAGUAUACUGCUGUUACU